AUAAACACAAGAAUAACUCACUGUGUGACGUCACUGAAGACAAAGCUGAUGGAGAGAGACGACAGGUUACAGACACCAGUGAAGACUGAAGUGAAGCUCCUUAAGGAGAUAAAAAAAGAGGAACACAGUGAUGAGGAUGGUGAUUUAUUUCCUCCAGAGUCUCUGACUUCUGUCUGUAACGCUGGAGGACAGCAGAUGCUGCAGACACCAGCGGAGGUUGAAGUGAAGCUGGAGGAGAUAAAAGAAGAAAACACAGCAGAGGACCAACAGAGUGAUGAAGAUUAUGAUGAUUUCUUUCCUCCAGAGCUGAUGAAGGGGAUAAAGGAACGUCGAGAGCUGAAUAAGCUGAAUGAAGAGGAGGAGAAACAUCAGUAUCAGAAACAUCAUGAUUUCAGAACUGGAGAAAAGUCUUUGAGUGGCUCAAAGACUAAUUUCUCACCAAAAAAGCAUCAAGGAACAGCCAAAAGUCCUAUCACCUGCUCUCAGUGUGGAAAGAGUUUCAUGCGUAAAAGCAAGCUGAUCAUGCACAUGAGAGUUCAUACUGGAGAGAGACCUUACACGUGCCAUGAGUGUGGGAAAAGUUUUCUUUAUAAAGAACAGCUUUAUGUUCACAUGAAAAUUCACACAGGAGAGAGACCUUACACAUGCCAUCAGUGUGGGAAAAGUUUUGCAUUUGCUUGUCAACUGAAAAAUCACAUCCGCUGUCACUCUGGAGAAAGACCAUUUAAAUGUGAUAAGUGUGGUAAAACAUUUGUUGUGGCACAUUAUCUGAAAAAUCAUCUGAAAAUACACACAAAUAAGAAGCUUUACAAGUGUACUUUUUGUGGAAAGAGUUAUUCGCACCUGUCCUAUUUUAAAAUGCACCAGAAUAUUCAUACCGGUGUGAGGGCUCAUGUGUGCUUUGAAUGUGGAAAGACCUUUAUGACAGCCGGCACUUUGAAAAAGCAUCAAAUAAUCCAUACUGGAGAGAAACCUUACAAGUGCUCAUACUGUAGAAAGAGUUUUGCUCUGUCACAAAACCUGAAAAAACACGAGAGAAUACAUACUGGACAGAGAUCAUACCACUGCUCCUCAUGUGGGAAAUGUUUCAGCACAAUAAGUAAUCUACGUAGACAUGUAAAAUAUAAUUGUAGUCACAGUGAGCAAAAUUAUCUUCAGGUCCAAGAAGAUCAAGUAAAUAGUUGGAAAUUCAGAUAA